AUGGGAAACCAAAAAGCACAGCGGACUACAGGUCUGCUCGACCUGCCAGCAGAAAUCCGCAACAGCAUUUACGAUCUUGUCCUCAACGACAGCACGGAAGAAGUCCUCUGUCCUUUCAUCUACCAAUGCAGCCCGGGCAAACGACGCUACACCUACAGCCUCACCCAGACAUGCUGCCAAAUCCGUCGAGAGACCAUGGCAAUGUGGCAUGCAGGCAAGAAACUCGUGUUCGCCAUGAGACAGCAGAACAUGUCAUACUACCACCACUGGUUGCAACGACGACCAGAUGCGGCGUUCCAAUCGAUCCGACGCGUGCAGCUGGAAGACUAUCAGCAUAGCAAGAAUCAGUGUUCUCCGGAGCAUACGUAUUUCUGCCGGAGUGCAAUUGUGAUCAACUUGGCGAAACCAUCACCUGUUAGUUGGAGGAGGGAUCCGCGGUGUACGAGCUGUCCAUCUCAUGACCUUGCGGUUGAUCGGGUCAAGGCCGUGGUGCGGACGAGGAGGGGUCAGGGAGGAUUUGCGAUGACGAGGGAGAGGUUAGAGAGGGUGUUCGAGGCGGCUGCUUGGUAG